CAUCAGAUUAUCUGAAAUUCUGAUAGACAACAUGGCUAACCCUCCUAUCAAGUGCUUGCUCCCUCCUGCAAUCGUGUCACUAGUUCUGCUGAUCUCAUGCAUGGUGGCAACCGGUGAGCAGCAAGCACCGUACAAACCCCUCGUCGUCCCGCUCGUCAGGGACAGCGACACAUCCUUCUACACCAUCCCCAUCAAGAACGGCGCGCCGCUCGUCGUCGACCUCGCCGGCACGCUCGUCUGGUCGACGUGCCCGUCGACGCACACCACGGUGUCGUGCCUGUCCGGCACGUGCGGCGCAGCCAACCAGCAGCAGCCGCGUCGCUGCCGGUACGUCGAUGGCGGCUGGUUCUGGUCAGGCCGCGAGGCGGGGUCGCGCUGCGCCUGCACCGCCCACCCGUUCAACCCGGUCACCGGCGAGUGCUCCACCGGCGAUCUGACGACAUUCGCCAUGUCGGCUAACUCCACCGUCAACGGCACCAGAACGCUGCACCCGGAGGAGUUCGCCGCCGUCGGCUCGUGCGCGCCGCAGCGCCUGCUGGCGUCGCUCCCCGCGGGUGCCACCGGCGUCGCGGGGUUCUCCCGGCGGCCGCUCUCGCUGCCGUCGCAGCUCGCCGCGCAGCGCAACUUCGGCAACAAGUUCGCCCUGUGCAUGUCCCAGUUCGCGACGUUCGGCGACGCGCCGGUGUACCUGGGGAUGGAGGGCCGAGGCUUCGUCGACUACAGGGAGAUCCUCCCGUACACCCCGCUCCUGACGAAUCCAAGAAUCCCCGGCUACUACCUCCCCGUCAAAGGCAUCUCCGUGUCAUGGAGCGUUCCCGAGACGCCGGCGUCGCUGCCCGCCGGCGCGCUCGACCUGGACGCCCGCACUGGCCGCGGCGGCGUGGUGCUGAGCACGACGACGCCGUACACGGUCAUGCGGCCCGACGUGUUCCGCGCGUUCGCGGAGGCGUUCGACACCGCCAUAAUCAGGAGGAGCAAGUACACGUACUCCAACGUGACGCGCCACCCGCCCGUGGGACCCUUCAAGCUGUGCUACAACGGCGCGUUCCCGAUGCUGAAGCGGCCGGCGAGCAUGGACAUUCCGACGAUCCACCUGGAGCUGGACGGCGCCACGGGCACCUGGUCGUGGUUCAACGACAACUACCUGGUGUUUGCGCCGGGGGCGGCGUUGUGCGUCGGGGUUCUCGAGAUGGGUCCCGGCGGCAUGCCGGUGGACGGCGAGCCGGCGAUGGUGGUCGGCGUGAAGCAGCUGGAUUGGAACCUGCUGGUGUUCGAUCUGGACAAAAUGCUGAUGUGGUUCAGUGGGGAUCUGGCCUUUCGCUUGGCGGGUUGUUCAUAUUCUUCUCAAAUCGGGUUAUAAGAUCGACCUGAUCAGUGAUCAGUCACUCCGUCACGGCCUGAACGACGAGUUGUAUGCUUCAGUUCAGAAACUAGUGUUGAAUAAGAAUCCGACAGACUUGAUAGUGCUUCAUUAUCGAAGUGCUACGAAUUGUUUUGCUGGGCAUAGUGAUAUCUUGGAAACUACCAUUUUACUUAA